AUGAGGACUGCAUUCCUGGUGCUGCUCCUCUGGGCCGUAGCCUGCGCUCACCCCGGUACAGCAAGUGAAGAUUACAUCAACAAGCUGGGCAACCUCCUGGGUGGUGGAGAUGGCAGACAUCCUUCUGCCAGUGCAGAAAGGGGGGACAAUACACUUGCCGGGGACCUGCAGGGUGGGAACGCCGUGGGCGAGGAGCUGGCUGAGCGUGGUGGUGAAGACAAGGGAGGCAGAGUUGGGCAGGCUCAGCACCUGAACCGGGUGGACCACGAGGACACGAGUGCCUGGGAUGGAAAUGGCCUUGGUUUCCUGGAGGAGGAUGCACGCGAUGCUGAUGAUGGUGACAAUGGAGAGCACUACGGCACUGGAGACAUAGGGCUUCCCUCCCGCACUGGUGGGCUACUGGAUGAGGAGGAUGACAGUGGGGAUGACACUUUUGACGAGAAUGGGGAAGAGGAGGGGGGCGAAGGUCCUACUUAUGUGGCUGGGGCUGUUGGAGGGCACGGCGACAGCAGCAGCAGUAGCAGCAGUGAGAGCGUUGGGGCAGACCACCGCCGGUACAGGAACUACCUUGGCAGCCGGUAUGAGCGGACCUACAGGUCCCCGGAGGUGGAGGAUGCUGACGUGGGAGAAGACAGCCCAUCCACGGAGGAAAACAGUCAGUUGGAAGAGCCUGUCACCAGCCAGUCAGAAGAAAACAGCGCCAGCCGCUCCGGGGAGGACAGGGAUGGGGAGGACAGCCCCUCCAUGGAGGGUGAGGGCAGCAAGUCCAGAGAGGAGACUGCUGACCGGUUGGACGAAGAUCUGGGGGAGUCGCCGGAGGAUAUCUCCCAGGAGGCAGUAGGCACGUCAAGUGAGCGCAGCAGCAGAUGGUCCCAGGAAGGGCAGGAAGACCGGGAGUCUGCUGAGGACAGGAGUGUGCCAUCCACACCUGACAGUGAGUCCUGGGAAGACAUGGGUGACCAGAGCAAGUCCAGGGAAGAUGAUGGCGACCAGAUCCAGUCCACAGAGGACACUGUGGAGGAGUCAAAGGAGGACAAGAAUGACUCCGGCCCUGAUAGAGACAUGCUGAGCACAUCAGCUGAGAGCCAGAGUGCAUCCCCGGAGGAAGAUGGCAGCCAAGAGGACAAUGCAGAUGAGGACAGCAGGUCCACAGAGAGCAACAGCGAGUCCCAGGAGGAUGAUGACAAUGAUGAUGAGGAGAGCCACUCCCAGGAGGAUGCCACACGUGAGUCCAGCAGCCGUGGAGAUGACAGCUCGCCACAGAGCCUGGAGAGUGGGAGUCGCAGACGACGGCUGGGUGCCUACCACAAGAAGCCUGCUGCCGACUAUGAUGACAACGACUGCCAGGACGGGUACUGA